CACCGCGAUGCUCGCCUACGAUAAAGAGGAAACACUCUCUCUCUCUCUCUCUCUCUCUCUCUAAAUCCCCCUCAAAAUCCCUCUCCAAACCCUAAUCCCUCCCCCAAAUCCCCCAGUUUUCUCCAUCUCCGUAAGGGAUCUGAGAAAUGGCGCAGGAAUCGUCCAAUGGGGUCACCAAGCCGCCUCCGAGCCCUUCCCCUCUGCGGAAUUCCAAGUUUUUUCAGUCUAAUAUGCGGAUCUUGGUGACUGGAGGUGCUGGAUUCAUCGGAUCCCACCUGGUGGACAAAUUGAUGGAAAAUGAGAAGAACGAGGUGAUUGUUGUGGACAACUUUUUUACCGGCUCGAAGGACAACAUAAAAAAGUGGAUCGGCCAUCCAAGAUUUGAACUGAUUCGACACGAUGUCACGGAAACGUUAUUGGUCGAGGUCGAUCAAAUCUACCACCUUGCUUGCCCCGCCUCUCCAAUUUUCUAUAAAUACAACCCUGUGAAGACAAUAAAAACCAAUGUCAUUGGAACGCUCAACAUGCUAGGACUUGCAAAGCGUGUCGGAGCAAGAAUUUUGCUGACAUCAACCUCUGAAGUUUAUGGUGAUCCUCUUGAGCAUCCCCAAAAGGAGGAAUACUGGGGAAAUGUGAACCCUAUUGGAGUUAGAAGUUGCUAUGAUGAGGGCAAGCGUGUGGCAGAGACUUUAAUGUUCGAUUAUCAUAGGCAGCAUGGCAUAGAGAUUCGAAUUGCUAGAAUUUUCAACACAUAUGGACCACGAAUGAACAUUGAUGAUGGCCGUGUGGUCAGUAACUUUAUUGCCCAAGCAGUUAGGGGUGAACACUUAACUGUCCAAGCACCUGGAACGCAGACUCGAAGCUUCUGCUAUGUUUCUGAUAUGGUUGAUGGGCUUAUUCGUCUGAUGGAAGGAAAUCACACAGGCCCAAUCAAUGUAGGGAACCCUGGUGAGUUUACUAUGAUGGAACUUGCAGAGACUGUAAAGGAGUUAAUCAAUCCUGCGGUGGAGAUCAAAAUAGUGGAGAACACACCUGACGAUCCGCGCCAGAGGAAGCCGGACAUCACGAAGGCGAAUGAAUUACUUGGAUGGGAGCCGAAGAUCAAGCUGCGCGACGGUUUGCCUCUCAUGGAAGCCGAUUUCCGAGGGCGGCUCGGUGUGACCAAAAAAGCUUAAGAAUCAAAGAUCUUAAGAUAAUCUGACAAGCUGUGUUGGAUUGUUUCUUUUAUCUCGGCUGAGAAUAAUUCGGGUUCGGAAAUUUAAAGAGAACUAGAGACAGCAUGGUUCGGAAAUUUAAAGAGAACUGGAGACAGCAUGGUUUUAUAUUUUUAUUUUUAUUCAAAACAUAAGAAAAAGAAAGAUAUCUAUGUGCUAGUGAUCUAAUAAUUUAUUAUUUGUGUUUUUAAAGAGAUUGUGCGGAUAAUCGGAUUGAUGCACUUUUCAUUUAUCAAGUGAAAUUCAAUAUUAUUUGGACAUUAUUUGUUCA